CUGCUGCAAGCCGCAGGCUUGGGGCUUGGACAGUGUGUUCCCGCAGCUAAGCACUUUUCUCCCUGCAGCUGCACAAGGUGCCGUCUAGUACCCGUUUAGUGCAGACAGUUUCAACAGCAAAUAUCAUAAAUGCUGUGAAUUGGCAGAUGGCAGCUGCCAACCUCCCAAUACACGUUGACAAACGAUGGAAAAAGGUCUAAGAAUAGCAGCCAAAGGCGCGUCACGAUUGACCCGGCCGACUGCCGUCGACGCUUAGAUCAAGUUAAACUACACAGUGCAACAUUUGUCUUUAUCGACGAAGUGAACAACAAAAGUUACAACUCCAGGGUUGAACUGUCGUAGUAUUUGGAAACUUUUUUUUCUUCUUUUUUUAAUCCCAUGCGGACUUUAAUCGACUGUCUCCACCGGUUGUUUGGAGAGGGCAGGGUCCGCUCGUUGCACCGCCGGGCGCCUCCCGCCGGGAACCCACGAUGCUGCUGCUCGGUGCUACACGCCUACUCGGAAGAGGGAAACCUUUGCUCUGUGAUCCGUUUAAGAGGAUUUACAUAAACAUGUCGUCGUCCUCUGCUUCGGGUAAGAGGCUGCGGGUUCUGGUGGACAUGGACGGGGUCCUGGCGGACUUCGAGGGGGGGUUCCUGAGGAAGUACCGGGCCAGGUACCCGCAGGACCCCUUCAUCACCCUGGAGGACCGGCGGGGCUUCUGGGUGUCUGCGCAGUACGGACAGCUGCGGAGCGACCUGUGUGAAAAGGCCAUCAGUAUCUGGGAGUCCAAAGACUUCUUCACGGACCUGGAGCCUCUUCCCGGAGGAGUGGAGGCAGUCAAAGAGAUGGCCAAACUGGAGGACACAGAUGUCUUUAUUUGCACCAGCCCUAUAAAACAUUACAAACACUGCCCAUAUGAAAAGUACGCGUGGGUGGAGAAGCAUUUGGGCCAGGAUUUUCUGGAGCAGGUCAUCCUGACCAGAGACAAGACAUUAAUUGCCGGUGACCUCCUCAUUGAUGAUAAACCGGACAUACAAGGCGUGGAGCCCAACCCGGUGUGGGAGCACAUCCUCUUCACCGCCUGCCACAACAAGCAUCGGUCCGUGGGCCCGGCUCAGAGACGCCUGCUGUCUUGGUCGGACGACUGGCGGGCGAUCCUGGACAGCAAGAGGCAGUGAGGAGCUGCGACCCAGAAGCCUCAGCGGCCCGGCACCCUGGGAGACGGAGAGUCUAGGUGUCACAUGGCUGUCUUCUCACUGGGGACUGCAGCCAAUCAGUAUUUACAGUCUUCUUUUAAGAAGAAAUGGAAGUUUUACACUGUUCAUCUGUUGGGAGAGACAAUUCACGUAUUUGACCACAAGGGAGCACUGUGACACCAGGUUUGAAACUGUGAUGCCAGACACGCGUGCGUGUACGUGCGUGUGCGUGCACAGACACAUAGUACUGUUUUGACAGAUGUUUGUUUUGCAUCUGCGGGAAAACCACUGUGAUCAAAAUCUGGAGUUUUACAGUUAAAAUUACAACUUUGGGUGCCCCCCCCCCCCCAUAAUUUUGUCCCGGCAUUUCACAGUCAUUUAUGCAUCUGACUAUACUCAUUAGGAAAGACACACACUGCUUCGUGCAUGAUGCCAAAACUCACAGAGUGUAUAAUAGAAAAUAGUAAAUGAAUCACAGAAAAAUAUACUCUAGAUAUAUCUAUUUUUUGGUCAAAUCUAUAGUAUUAUUUCCUAUUUUAAAACAUUGAAAUAUAUAUGUAAAACAAUAAUUUUUUCAGGUGUUUUUCAUUAAUUUGUUAAAGCCGUUUAUGAAGUGCUGUAAACCACUUGCCGUAAGAUCUGCAGCCACGUCUGGAGGACGUGGAUCUGAGUGGUGGAAGAUGUACCUGGUGCUUAGUGUGUGUUAUUGUGUAUAGUUUUAAGCUUGUUUCUGUCUGUGGGAUGUUUCAAUGUGUUUGCUCCACCUCAGAUACAAAAUGACAACUGUGUUUCACUCUGUAAACAAAACAGUGGAUGUCAAAAUAGUUUUGACAGAUGUUUGGAAGUCUGUCGCUCGGGGUUUGACAUCCUGACAUGUGGGCGGGGGGCGAACAUGAACUAAACCCAGUGAACACACCUCUUUGUGCCCGUUGUUGUCUUUUUCUCUUUCCACUGAUCAUAUCUGCUGACAAAACAUGAGAGAAUAGGUUCUCAUAAGCCCUACUCCAGCGUACACUUUCCAUUAUAUUGUACCACAUGGGACCAUUUAGUUUAGCUUGUUCCAUGUACAGCCGCAGUGCAGUUUUUGUUCAAAAGAAUGCACACCUGGGCCCCCUGUUUUUCUUUGUGUG